AUGCUUGUCACUGCCAUGCGGCGCAGCACACGGUGGGGCUCUCAUUCUUUCCCCAACGAAGAGUAUGAUGUCCUCAUGAGAACUUUCCAGGAUCUAAAAACUAUACUAAACCAAGUUGAAGAUUUACGACUACUCGAUCCAUCAACGUACCUAAGUCCCUUUCUGGAAGUUAUCAGGAGUAAGGAGACCACGGGCCCAGUUACUAGUCUAGCUCUUUCAGCCAUACAUAAAUUUUUAUCAUAUGGACUCAUUGAUCCAACACACCCAAGUGUACCAGUUACAGUUGAGGACAUUGCCGAUGCAGUUACACAUGCUCGGUUCGUCGGCACUGACCACUCCUCUGAUGGUGUAGUGCUUAUGAAGAUUUUGCAAGUUCUCCGCACUUUAAUGUUGAGUCCUGAAGGUGCCAUGUUGACAGACGAGAGUGUCUGCGAGAUUAUGCUUAGUUGUUUCCGAAUCUGUUUUGAAACAAGAUUAACAGAGUUAUUGCGUCGUAAUGCCGAGCAAUGUCUCCGAGACAUGACGCAGCUGAUCUUUAUGAGACUGCCGCAGUUCCCACCAGAGGACCCCUCCAGCAGUUUGACGACGCUUAACCUUUCGCUCAAAAAGCGCGACAAGACUUCUAAAAAGCGGAAUUUGACCACAGCACAUAGUACAAAUUCAUUAGACAGGAAGUCAUCCCUCACGGAGCAGACAAAUUCCAAUGCAGUCGAAAAUGGACCUGAAGUGGAUACGAAAACCGAUGCUGUACAAAGGCAUAACCAAGAUAAGAAUCUAAUUAACGAAGCAGAAAUAACUAUAGAGCCGGUUGACCAGCCACUUAAGAGUCCCAUCAAGAAGCAUGGCCGCCAUUCCUCGAUGGACCUUGCGAAUGGGAACACGACCAUAACGCAGUUGCUGGAGAAGUGCGUCAGCAACACAGAGGGGGAAGAAUCACAAAAAAGUGAGCCAGAAGAAAUACAGAAGACUGACGAAGUUAUCGAAGAGCCCAAAGAAGAUGCGCUCAAAACAGCGGAAACAUCGGAAAACAAAACAGAAACACAAAAAGACGAUGAUGAGAAGCUUGAGGAAUAUGUGAACGAUCGCGGCAUCAGAUUCACUCCGCAAGAGGAUACAGUCGAGCUGCAGCCCUAUGGACUUGUUUGCGUGCGUGAGUUGUUCAGGUUCUUAAUAUCGCUGAGCAACCCGCUGGAGCCGCAGAACACGUCGGCCAUGGUGCAGCUGGGCCUGAGUCUGGCCGGCACUGCACUCGAGGUGGCUGCCGACCAGCUGGCGCACUACCCGGCGCUGCUGCAGCUGGUGCGCGACCCGCUCUGCAGGAACCUGCUCAGCUUGCUGGACACAGAAAGGAUCUCAAUAUUUGCGUUGGAUUUGCAAAUAUCCUUUCUCCUCUUUGAAUCACUGCGGUUCCAUCUGAAGUUCCAAAUGGAGGCAUUCUUCAAAAAAAUCAUAGAGAUCGUAUCCGCAGACACAUCGAAGUCUAUUUACGAACUGAAAGAGAUUCACCAUUUGGCGUUAGAAAGUCUAGCCCAAAUGUUCAGGAUACCUGGAUUCUGUACAGAGCUUUAUUUGAACUUCGACUGUGAUGUGUAUUGUAUGAAUAUAUUCGAAGAGCUAACGAAGCUGUUAUCGAAGAAUGUUGUAUCCGCAACCGCUUACAACAUCCAUACUUUAUCAUUGGAGGCGUUGAUGACUAUAAUCGAAGCGAUAGAGAUGGGUACACAACAGAAGAUUGAGAAGAGCGAGAUAGAGAUCCCGGCGGUAGAAGAGACAGAAAGCUACGGGAGGGGUGGCCAUGUGUCAUUGGAGCUGGGGGGAAUGGAUGACGCGUCUGUAGUCAGUGACCAUGUGACGCACGACAUUAGUCAGUACUUUGCUGGAGCGAGGACCGGCCGACACAAGCCUUCUGCGAAUCUGCCCACUGAGGCUGAGCUGGAUAAUAUUAAGAAUAUGAAGACGUGGGUGCGGCAGGGCACAGAGCUGUUCAACCAGAAGCCGGAGCGCGGCAUCGAGUUCCUGCAGGAGCACGGCGUACUGGCCAGCCCGCUCGACCCUCACCAAGUCGCUAUGUUCCUACGGGAAAAUCCCGACUUGGAUAAGAAAAUGAUAGGCGAGUACAUCUGCAAACGGUCGUCGCGGGGCGAGGAGGAGGGGUGUAUGUCGGUGCUGACUGCGUUCGCGGAGAGCUUCGAGUACUCGCAGCUGCGCAUAGACCAGGCGCUGCGCCUCUACCUCGAGACCUUCCGACUGCCCGGCGAGGCGCCGCUCAUCUUCCUCGUCAUGGAGAAGUUCGCCGAGCGCUGGCACACUACUAACGGCGAGCCGUUCGCGAACACGGACGCAGCUUUUCGUCUUGCUUACGCCAUCAUCAUGCUUAACAUGGACCAGCACAACCACAACGCGAAGAAACUGAAUGUGCCCAUGAAUGUUGAUGAUUUCGUUAAGAAUCUGCGCGGUUGCAAUGGCUCUGGAGACUUCGAUCAGGCUAUGCUCGAAGCUAUAUUCCACUCUAUCAAGAAUGAGGAGAUGGUGAUGCCGGCGGAGCGCGUGGGGCCGGUGCGCGACGCGUACCUGUGGCGCGUGCUGCAGCGCCGCGCGCGCACACCCGCCGCCGCGUACCGCGCGCCGCCCGCCAGCCACGCGCUGCACGCGCGCCUACUGCCCGCCGCCUGCCCGCCCGCCGUGUCAGCACUGUCGGCGGCAUACGAACGCGCUCCUCAACCGACGAUCGAGGAAAUAGAAAGCAACUCGCGAGACUGCAUCGCUCUGGUGGCUCUGAAUGGCCUCGAGCGUUGUGCGGCCCUCGUCGCCAGGCUGCAGCCGGACACCAUGACCUUAGACACGCUGUUAUUGACGCUGUGCAAAUUCAGUGGCCUGCUGGCACCGGUACAGGCCGGCUAUAUUGCUGUUGGAGUGUCGCUGGGGCAGUCCGCGAAGGCGCAGCUGGCACUGCGCCGCGCAUGCGCAGUGGCGGCGCGCCACGCGGACUGCGUGCGCGACGCUUGGCGCCACCUGCUGGAGCUGCUGCACACGCUGUAUGUCGGUCGCCUGCUGCCCGCUUGCCUCGUGGAAGCGGAGGACUACUUGGCCCCCGGUGGAACCGUGUCACUCAUACGUGAGGUGGCGAGAGGAUCAGACGCGGGCCUGCUCUCCAGCUUGUAUUCCUAUAUUGCGCUGGGGGAAACUGGAAUGAGAGCACCGACGCCCCACGAGAAGGUACUGAUCGAUGCGGCGACAGAAUGCGUUGCGAAAUGUAACUUCCCCGGUCUGCUCAUCACCGAGACCAAGUUUCUGCAGCUGGAAAGCCUGCAGGAACUAGUCCGUGCUAUGGUGGCUGUGGGAACUCCACCGGACGCGGAGAGUCUGCAGCUGAACCCUCAGUUAGAAGACAUCACAAUUUUCUUUUUGGAACUUCUGGGGAAGACACUUAUACAAAAUCGGGACCGCGUGGCGUGCGUGUGGGCGGAGGCGAGCGCGCACCUGGAGCGCGUGGUGAUGUGGGAAGUGUGGAUGGACCGCGUGGCGUGCGUGUGGGCGGAGGCGAGCGCGCACCUGGAGCGCGUGGUGGUGUGGGCGGGCGCGCGCGGGCCGGCGGUGCUGACGCGUGCGCUAAGCGCGCUGCUGCGCACGUGCGCGCGCCUCAUGCGCUGCGAGCACUGCGCCGCGCAAGUGCUGCACCACCUAGCUCUGCUCUUCCGCCUGCCCUACAAGCUCUUUUACCAGCAGGCUGAUGUUAUAUCGUGCGGGCUGUACGAGCUGGUGAAGACGUCCGCGCAGAACGUGCACAGCGGCGAGGAGUGGGAGCUGCUGCUGGCGCUGCUGGUGGCCGCGGGUGCCGGCGCCUGGCCGCCCGCCGACCUGCCCGCGCGCGCCCCGCGCCCGCACAGCUCUUCUAGUCGUUCAGAAGGCUCCGACGACGAGAUCGAAAGGCGACCGACCAGCGUCUCAUCGGAAAGUGAGCUUUCGCAUUCCCCACAAACACAGGGUUGGAUUUUGGUGAAGAAGGAAACGGGUAUGGGCGGCGAUGGCAUCGGUGCGCUAUGGAACUCGGAUAUAGAAAAUGUAAAAUUGCGCGCUCACCGGAGUUCGGCGUUGGCGCGGUGUGCGGAGGCCUUGGCGCUGGUCGUGCGAGACGUGGCGCACGUGACGCCGCACAACUGCAGAGCAGCCGUACGGGCAGUGAGACUGCUGGCGCGUGCCACGCUGCACACUCACGGUAAGAAGAGCAACCGAAGUGGUGAAGCCAGACGCACUCGCGGUUCCCGGCGCAACAACGAGGACUCCAGCGAUGAGGAGCUCGACACUCUGGACCAAUACCACAUGGUCAGCAUACAGCUGCUCGACCUGAUGCACACGCUGCACAGCCGCACCGCUCAGAUAUUUAAAUGGUGGCGCGACGAAGCCGACCACGGACAAGGGACUGAAGAUUACGACCUGUGGGAAGUGGCGUGGAAGCCUUUGUUGCAAGGCAUAGCGGAAUUCUGCACUGAUAGGCGCCGACAGGUAUGUAUACCUACUUUCUUCUUGUUCUUCGUCACCAGCUCCUAA